UUUUUGUUUCUAUGUAACCACAACAACAAAGAGAAGAAAAAAAAAUCAAACACUUCAGUUAAGAAAAACAUCAUAUAGAACCACAGAACCCAGAAACGCAAUCUUCACACACAAAAAAUAAACACACAUAACUUCCCUUCAAUCAAACCUUAACUCCGACAAUGAUUCUUGUCCCAAUCAAUUUCUAGGGUUUCGUUUUUUCCACCUUUUACCAUCAAUUGAAACCACCACGCCAUUUUUCCUCUCAAUUACAGUGAAUUUGAAUACCCAAUUGAACGAGUAACACAAUCACCGAAUACCCAUUUGAUAGUUUUCUACAUAGCGAAAAAGUUUUAAUUUUUAUCAUUUUUCACUUUGAUUUAUAUUGCUGUUUGGUGAAGUUUUUAUACAUUUUGGUUUGUUAUGAUGCGAUCAUCACCUUCCUCGUCACGGAUUCGGAAGAAACAUAAGAAAUUGGAUGCAAUUUGUGAGGAAGAGUAUACUAGAAAUCACGGUGAGUGUAAUGUGGGUCAUGAUUUGAACCCUGAUUCAGGGGUGAGGAGAAGCUCGCGGGCUAGGCGUGCCCCGGUUUUGCUUGAUGUCUCUCCCACACCGAAGAAGAAACGGUUGAAGUUAGGAAAGGAUGUAGUUCCGAAGAGUGUGGAGGGUGAUAAAGGUGUAGGGAGAGAAAGUGGGGGUUCUGGUGGUGGGAAUUGGAGUUUGAGGUCAAGAUCGAGGGGUAAGAACGUGGAAUUUGAAGUGAAGGAGGAGAGGGAAUUGAGUGGUAGGAAAAGGAAGUUGUUUGAUGAGGUGUUGGAGGUUGAUAAGAAAGAUGAAUUGGAGGUUGUGGAGGAUGAUAGGAAGGAAGAAUUGGAGGCUGUGGAGGGUGAUGGGAAAGAGGAAAUAGAGGUUGUGGAGGUUGAUAAUAAAGAGGGGUUUAAAUAUUUUACCCGAAGGAAGUUUAAGUCGAAGAAGAGAACGAGGAGAGUUGAAGCGACGAAGGGUGAUCAAAGGCUUGAGGAAAAUGAGUGUCCAGUGGGGUUGGAUGAGAGUAAGAGUCAAGAAGUGGAGCUUGUAGUUGUAUUGGACACAGGUGAGGGGAGUGCUUCGUUUCCAGAGACUGAAUUGGCUCAUGAGAAUCCAAUAGAUUCGAGGGAUGAGAAUGCUGCUACAAGGAACGAGGAGAGAAUUGAAACUGACAAUUUGCAAGCUGAGGAGUGUAGUGGCGAUGUUGAACCGUCUCCGAUGGAACGUGUAGAAUCUUUAGAUGAACAGGGUGAUAAGAUAGAGAGUGAGAAGGAAGGAAUAUAUGCAAGUAAUGUGGAUGAAAUUGCUGGAGUUUCAACGGAACAAGCAGAUAAUGAAGGAGCUGUUGAUAAGGAGGUUGGCAUUGAUGAAAAUGUCUCAAAAGAUGAGAGUGUUGGGAAGAGGGAUGAGUUGAAACAAGCAUCAAAUGAUAAGUCUGGGUACCGAUGCAUCAAAGAGGGAAGACGGUGUGGUUUGUGUGGAAGAGGGAGCGAUGGUAAGCCUCCAAAAAGGUUAGUUCAGGAUAACGGUGACAGUGAGAACGAAGCUUAUAGCGGAUCAUCAGCUUCAGAGGAGCCCGCUUAUGAAACUUGGGAUGGUUUUGAUGAUGAACCUGGUUGGCUUGGGCGUCUCUUGGGCCCUAUUAAUGAUCGUUAUGGUAUUGCUGGAAUAUGGGUGCAUCAGAAUUGUGCUGUAUGGAGUCCAGAGGUUUAUUUUGCUGGCUUGGGAUGCUUAAAAAAUGUGAGGGCCGCACUUUGUCGAGGAAGAGCAUUGAAGUGCACACGUUGUGGGAGGAGAGGGGCAACCAUCGGUUGUCGUGUUGAUCGUUGUCCUAAAACUUAUCACUUGGCUUGUGCUAGAGCAAAUGGUUGCAUCUUUGAUCACCGCAAAUUUCUUAUAGCUUGUACAGAUCAUCGACACCUUUUCCAACCUUGUGGUGAUAAAUACUUAGCACGGUUAAAGAAGUUGAGGGCUAGGAAAAUGAUGUGGGAGACGAAGAAGCGUUCAAAUGAUGCUUCGAGAAAGGAUAUUGAUGCAGAAGAGAAAUGGUUGGAAAAUUGUGGCGAGGAUGAAGAAUUUUUGAAACGUGAGAACAAGAGGCUUCAUCGUGAUGUAUUGAGAAUAGCUCCAGUGUAUAUUGGUGGUUCAGACUCUUCCGCCAGUGACAAUUCAUUUCAGGGAUGGGAAUCUGUUGCUGGGCUUAAUGAUGUCAUCCGUUGUAUGAAAGAAGUUGUUAUUAUUCCGCUGCUAUAUCCUAAUUUUUUCGACAAUUUAGGGCUUACACCUCCAAGAGGUGUUCUUUUGCACGGCUAUCCCGGAACAGGGAAAACCUUAGUGGUCCGGUCAUUGAUAGGUGCAUGUGCCCGUGGAGAUAGACGGAUUGCAUAUUUUGCCCGUAAAGGUGCAGAUUGCUUGGGGAAAUAUGUUGGUGAUGCUGAGCGUCAACUAAGACUAUUAUUUCAGGUUGCUGAGAAAUGUCAACCUUCCAUAAUAUUCUUUGAUGAGAUCGAUGGACUGGCACCCUCCCGUACUCGACAGCAAGAUCAGACUCAUAGUUCUGUUGUGUCAACAUUGCUUGCUCUUAUGGAUGGUUUGAAAUCCAGGGGUUCAGUGGUGGUCAUAGGUGCAACAAACCGUCCUGAUGCUGUUGACCCGGCGCUUAGGCGACCUGGAAGAUUUGAUCGGGAAAUUUACUUUCCAUUGCCAUCAACUGAAGACAGAGCUUCCAUUCUCUCACUUCACACACAGAAGUGGCCAAAACCAAUUGGUGGAUCCUUGCUUGGGUGGAUUGCAAAAAAAACUUCUGGCUUUGCUGGUGCCGAUCUCCAAGCUCUCUGUACCCAAGCGGCCAUGAAUGCGCUGAAGAGGAAUUUCCCUUUGCAAGAGGUGCUAUCUGUAGCUGAAAAAAGACAUUCUUCUGAUUGUAAGAAUAUUCCUCUUCCAUCCUUUACCGUGGAGGAGAGGGAUUGGGUAGACGCUUUUUUGUCUUCCCCAUCACCGUGCUCCCAAAGAGAAGCUGGAAAUGCUGCAAAUGAUGUAUCAUGCUCCCCUCUUCCUGUCCAACUUGUUCCUUGUUUAUUGCGGCCGUUGUGCACCAUUCUUGUAUCUCUUUAUCUUGACGAACGUCUGUGGUUGCCACUUCCAAUAUCUAGUGCUGUGGCAUUGAUUAAGAAUGUAAUGGUUUCUGCUCUAGGCAAAAAGGAAAUGCCUAUUGAUCAUUGGUGGUUGCACCUUGAUGAUUUCCUUCAAGAAACAAACGUUGCUUAUGAGGUAAGUAAGUGUCUUAGUGGUUCUGGCAUUUUAUCCGCAGACCAUGGUUUUUCUGGUUUCUGUGAUAUUGUGGAUCAUGCUGACGAGAAUUCUUCCGUAAAGAACCAUGGUAGCCUGUUUAACGGACGAUUACCAGACACGUCGUUUGGAAUGACUAACAAAUCAGGUUUUCGAAUAUUGAUUUACGGAAAUCCUCGAUCUGGCCAGAGACAUCUUGCUUCAUGCCUUCUUUACUGCUUUAUUGGAAAUAUUGAAGUACAAAAGAUUGAUAUGGCAACUAUUUCACAAGAAGGGCAUGGAGAUGUUGUGCAAGGGAUCACACAAAUAUUAAUGAAAUGUGCUAGCAUGAAAUCUUGUGUAAUAUUUAUGCCAAGAAUUGAUUUGUGGGCUGUGGAGGAAGAUUUGAAGAUUGCUGAAAAGACUGAUUCCUGCUCAAUAAAUCAUCUAUCAUCCGAGACGGACAAAUCUUCUUUCACACCAAGCCAAAUUGUUGAGAAGGAAAAUGGGAUCAAUACUGGGAAAAACUCGACCGAGAUUACGAAAUGCCAAGCCAACAAAAAGGCUUCUUAUGCCUGGAUGUCGUUUAUUGAGCAAGUGGAGACCAUUGGUUUAUCCACAUCUGUGAUGAUUCUGGCUACUGCAGAAGUUCCCUAUACUGAACUUCCUCACAAGAUAACAGGAUUCUUCAAGAGUUAUCAAACUAAGGACACCCAGUCAACUCCUUUAGUUCAAACAGUUCCUCAAUUCUCUCUGCAGAUAGAUGGGAAUUUUGAUCAUGACUUGGCCAUCUAUCUAUCUUCAAUUGAGCUUCUAAGAACUGUAGUUGAGCAACGAGUUCAGUUGAUUCAUCAGAGAUCUCAUGCUCACAUGGGUGCCCAGAAGAGGGACAAAGCCUAUGAAUCAAUUGAAGUUUGUAAAGAUAAAGUAACUCAGGGAAAAGAAAACGAACCAGCCAACGAGAAGGGUGAAGUUCAAUUUCCCGAGUCCUUGACAAAAGUUCCACAACCUAACAGUAGGUCAGUGAAGGGAAAGUCGAAUCUUUUAAUGGCAAUAUCCACAUUUGGCUAUCAAAUUCUUCUAUACCCUCAUUUUGCUGAACUUUGUUGGGUUACUUCAAAGCUCAAAGAAGGUCCUUGUGCUGACGCGAGUGGGCCUUGGAGGGGAUGGCCUUUCAAUUCCUGUAUAAUUCGUCCUAACAAUUCACAAGACAAGGUGGUAAUUGGCGGUAGCUCUGGUGGGACUAAAAGCACCGGUGGCUCUGGUGGCACUAAAAGCAAAGAAAGUGCUGGUUUAGUUAGAGGCUUGGUUGCUGUUGGUUUAUCAGCAUACAAGGGUGUUUAUAAAUCAGUUAGGGAAGUUUCCUUUGAGGUAAGGAAAGUUCUCGAGAUCUUAACUGAGAUGAUAAAUAUGAAAAUUCAAGCCGGGAGAAACAGAUAUCAAUAUCUCCGUAUUUUAUCACAAGUGGCUUAUUUGGAAGAUAUGGUCAACAACUGGGCUUAUGCAUUGCUUAGUCUUGAUCAGGAUUCUCCGGAGCUUGCAACAAAGGUUAUACCAGCAGCUGGCGGGUCUUUAAACAGUCAUCUCCCAUGUGAAGACUGUCACCAACCCGAAGGUGAGGAUUGCCCUUUGAUUGUUCCUGCUGAUGGUGAUGAUUUGGAGACACUGGAGAGAAGUCCAAAGGGAGUUCCUACCGCAACAACAGAGUGUCUUUCCUUGAAUGACAUAAAUGAUAAUUUAGGUAAUACCGAUCGUGAUGGCCAAAAAGAAUGUUCUGAAGGAUCUCAGCCUAACCAUCCUUGUCCGGAUACGCAUAUUAACGACUCUUGUCUUGCAAACCAACCUCCACAUCCAUCCUUGAAUCAGGAGAAUGGAGUAUUAUCUGAAUCAGUAACUGCUGAAAAUUACGAAGCUGCAGAUGAAGAACUUGGAAUGCCGAAAGACUUGAAUAAAUCCACAUGCACUCGCUCCGCGGUCGUUUCUGAAAAUGGAUUUCACACAACCUUUGAACAAGAGAGUGUUGAGAUUGGUAAGUCAGGUGAUGUUGAAUCUGAUAAACAUGAGAAUACUAUAGAUAUCAACGCCUCUUCAAGCAAGGACAAGGGUCCAGCUGAAUCCGGGUUUGUUUGCUUGUAUCAAUGUUGCCCUCAUUGCCUCCACAGUCUCUAUAAUUUGACCCAGAAAGUACUUGUUCGCGAGUGGGGAUCAAAUAGAAGCCAUUGGACAAUAGAAGAUGUCCAUGAUGCUGUUUCUUUAUUAUCUGUGGAUCUUAUUUCAGCAGUCAGAAAAUGUUACAUGGCAGAAGAUUUCACCGAUUUAUCUAGUAACAAAACAUCUUUUAAAUGUUUCAAUUCAAUAACAUGUAACACUGAAAACCGAGGCAAGGAUGUUGUGUCGGCAGAAUGCAUUUCUCACUCGGCUAGUCAAGAUACAAGUGUAAGCAAAGACGCGGUCGUGAAUGAAGCAGUGAAGCUUGAUUUGAAAUUUGUAUUCAGAGAUGGUGUGCUAGUUCCUAUGGACCCUGCAAAGGAUGCCCCUCUUCACUGUAAAUUUGAGAAAUUGUGUCUUUGUUCUCUGAUAGAGUUAAUAGUUAAGACUAAGGGCUCUUUAGAUUAAACUAUAUUGUUUUUUUUUUUUUUAUAGCUUUGAAUGCUUAGCAGCAGUUGUAAGUAAUUUUUUACUAUUAGAUUAAGUUAUAGUUUUUGAGUUUUGACCUCAGAAAAUUCCCA